AUGGGAUAUGGUGUUGGUGCUUGGUGGCGCUGACGCUGGGCUGGAGAAUGGAAUGAACGAUCAUGGAAUGAACAUCGACGAUGUGAAUAGAUGGGAAUGCAUCAUAAAAUGACUGUAAUGUGACGUUUGUAGUAAAAUCGUACAAGUUUAUGGGACUUCCGAAAAUAUGAUUUGAUGACACAAUUCGAAAUGGAUUUCACAGUAAAAGAUGAGUUUCCAUCACAAUCGUCUUCCUCUUCAUUUGAUCUUGUACAAGACAUCAAAGAGGAAAAAUUGGAAGAAGCAUACUUUAUUAUUAAAAGUGAAUAUGAAGAAGGAGAUUUUGACUUUGCCGAAGAUGCAGCCUCAGAAUACAGGCUUGAUUCAUUACAACCUUUAGAUCAGGAGUCGAAAGUCCUGCCGUUAAACUGUAAUAACGAGAAAAUUAUAUUCGACAGUAUUAAAUUAGAAGAUGAUCAAGAAGUUGAGUUCAUGGAAGUCGACUGUUCUGCGACUCAAUCCAAGCCCAAUGAUUCUUUGGUUGGUUUUCCUAAAUCACUACAAAAAGGAACAAAAAAAGAAGCUCCUUCAUUGUGUCAAGAUCCUCUAAAAAACACGGAUAAUAUAAGGAUCACACUCAGUAAUUCUACGCCUCCAACUAUCUGGACACCUGUACUCAAAUGUCCCAAAAAAUGCCACUUGCGCAUAAAAGAAAAAGAACAAAAACAAGCUUUUGUAUCUUAUUGGCAAAAGUCAACGGUAAAGUCCAGGUUUGAUUUCUUAUAUAAUAUGACAGAACUGGCAGAAAGGUCCAACUCUGGAAACAUAUAUGAUGCAAGCUUCUACCUAAACACGGAAAAAGGUCGUCGACAAAUGUGUAGACAUUGUUUCAGUCAUAUCUUGGGUGAACAACAGGAAUCCCUCAAAGUAGUUUUAAACGACAAAUUACUUGAAAUGGAGCGACUUGAAGAGAAGACAGAAAAAAGUAUUGAAUCAAAAAAUAAAAAAAAAACUGAUCAUGUAACCUCCCAAGUUGAUGUUGAUAAUGAUUGCGCAAUAGAAUCAAUUUUAAAAUCAUCAAAACAAGAGGAAAAAAAUACAGUUUCUAUUUGGAAGCCUCUAGAUUAUUGUCAACAUAAAUGUCACUUGAAAUUAACAGACGACGAACAAAAACUUAUUUUUUAUUCUUACCGGCAGGAAUGUAGUGAUUUCAUUUCAAAAUUUAAUUUUCUGAGUGAGCUUAUAAGAUUGGUACCGACAUACAAAAGUACUUCUAAUGAUUCAGAAGAAGAAUACUCGCCUAGGUUUUAUUUUAAAAUCAACGAAGGUUAUCAGAGAGUUUGCGAAGGCUGCUUUCAGCAUAUCCUGGGCGAGGAUUCGAGUUGUAUCAAAGCUGUUUUACAGAAUAAAAUACUCAGUAUUAUUCAAUUCAAGGAAGAAAAAUUGCAAGAAAAGAAGAACCAAAUGCCUGAAACUAGUACUAGGAUUGAUUUGCCAUUUGAUACAAAAGUAAGAUUCUGGACACGAAUUCCUAAAUGUCCAAAGGAAUGUUACUUAAAGAUUACUGAAGACGAUCAAGAACGUAUUUUUGCCUUAUACUGGGAUGAUUCAACGUUAAAAUCCAGAUACAAAUUUCUGAAUGACAGGAUACAUAUUGCGCGUGGAGAAAAUAAUUCUAAAUUAAUUAUUAAUUUCUUUCUUGAUACAAUGACUGGCCGUGUAACAGUUUGUAGACUAUGUUUCCAGACUGUUCUUGCAGAAAAGCAUAUAAUGAUCAGAAGGAUACUAGACGCUAAAUUAAUGGAACUUGAAAGUCAUCGAGAUGUAGCAGAGUUUUUCCCAGCGAGUUCUGUAGUCGAUAAAACUAGAGUAGUAGAAGCACACAUAAUGAAAUUUCCACUAAUAAGCAAAAUUCACAAUGUCACCGAGGAUGGUUCCAGUAAAUAUCUACCGUUCGGGUUGACAAUUGAGAUAAUGUACAAUCUUUAUAGAAAGGAGAUUUCCAAUCCUGUUGAUAUCGAUGCGUACAUAGAGGUCUUGACAAAAAUGAAUCUGAAAUUUCAAUCCACGCAUCAGGUCGAUUGUGAACAGUGCGCAACAGCUGAGGAGCGGAUUAGUGCGGCAAGUGAUGUUUAUGUUCAAAGCAAAAUGCGAAGUCUUCAUGAUGUCCACGUUAAUCAGGCCAUAGAGUCUUACACCUGCUAUCUUCAAGAUGAAGGGUCGGCAAACUCAUUCAAUUCGGUCCUGGUUUGUUCGUUCACUCUUCAUCACAGUUUACCAACUCCGCUUGUCGACGAGCCGACUUCUUACUACACACAACCACUUUGGACUUACGGUUUAACAAUUCAGGCGCAAUCAAAAAAUCGCUCGACAUGUAAACUCAAGACCUACAUGUGGGAUCAGACUCAGGGGCGAAAAACCGGCAAUGAAAUCGCAUCUUGUUUAUAUCAAUAUUUACAAAAUUUACCUCCUAGAAUCAAAUCAGUAAUCAUAUAUUCUACUUCCUGCCAUGGAGAGAGUCGACGCAAAAACCUUUCCAGGAUGUUUUUGCAUUUACUUGCGAAUCACAAAACUCUACUGGCCGUGAACCAUAAGUUCUUCGUGGACAAACAUUCCCCAAUUGAACAAAGUUUAACUAAUGAUUGGCUAGAAACGAUGAAAAAUCAUAUUGGUAGCAUCGAAGAGCCAUCAGAUUGGUAUGAUGCGUUUGCUGUAGAGGGUGAUGAGCCAGAUUAUCAACGCGAAGUUCUUGUUAUGAAGGCAAAGAAUUUUUACGAUUUUGAGUUCAGCGAGGCUCUGGCGACACAUAGUGUUAAGAAAGAUGAACCUUUAAUAUUGGAGAAUGUUAGAUGGUUGCGAUAUACAAAAGAAGGAGUUUAUUGCAAGUAUAGUUGGUCAAAAACUGAUCCAUUUUGUAUAAUGAAAUUCGAGGUUCAUAGUCUUGGCAGAAGAAAACUGAAACAGCUUGAAGUUGUUCCUAUGACUGAGAAAAAGAAGAAGAAUCUUUUGAAUCUUUUGCCUUUCCUGAGCCCUGGUGUACGCAGUUUCUACAAAGGUUUACCAGCUGUUGAGAAUGGCCAUUCUUCUUAUUUGAAUCUGAAAGACUGCAGUUCUCGAAGGAAGGAUAGAGAAAGGUCUUGGAAGAGACCCUUCGCAAAUAUCGAUACGCAAGAAAACAAUGAUGAACUUUCAGAAGAUAGUACUGUUGAAGAGGAAUUGGAUUUGAGAAUCAGUGGCCCGGAAGUGGACAUUAUAGAUCUCGAGGAACCACCCAAAAAGUCAUUCAAAAAAGUGCAUAAUAAAACUCAUUUUAAUCACCUGCAAGGCAUGGUUAAGGAAGAAAAGUCUGAGGAAAAUCAUGAAGAAGUGAAUUCGAAAUAUUCUGGCAUAAAAACAUACCAUAAAUCAAAAGAUUUAAAAACUGUAUAAUUUUCAUGGAAAAAGGAAUAGGGGAUUGAUUAUAAGUUACAAGGGGGACAGUUUGUAAAUAGUAGUUGAUACUAGGAACUUGUGAGUUUAAAUAUAUGUUUUGUUUAAAAAGUGUGGCUAAUACUACACCCUGGAAUAUACAGUACCGGAAAUUUAAUAAAAAAAUAUUACAAAAAAACGUCAAAUCUCGAUGUUCAAGAAAAAUUUGCUCAACUUUGGAAAUAAUUAUCAUUUUUUAAAAUUCUUUGGCGCAUUUUGGUGGCAAAUUUCCAUAUUAUUUUUCUAAAUUCUUUAAAUAUUUUCAAAACUCUUUCCUCACAUAAGGAUUUUAAAUAAUCAAAACAAUAUUUUUAGUAUUAUUACUAAACUUUAGUAGAAUAUAAUAAAUAGUUAUUUUUAAAGAAUUGUAAUUAUUUACACAUUCCUGAAAUUUGGAUGCUUUUGCACCAAAAUUCGACCCUAGGGAAGGAUCUAGAAAAAAAUUCGAAAACUAUCUUAAAAAUUUGGAAGAAUACUAUAGACUUGUCUUUAAAAUGCGCUCAAUAAUUUCAAAAUUACCCUGAAUUAUUUUCAGAGUUGUUUCAAUUUUUCGAAAACAUCGAAAUUUGACGUUUUGACAUUUGACAUUUUGCCUUCGAAUAUUCAGACUAUUUGGCUUAUUUGAGGAAAAUUUGUAAUGGCAAUAUUAUAACAAUUAAGGCACAUCAGUAACAGGUGUAAAAAUAGGCAUGCAGAUUAUUUUCGCUCAUUGUGUAGUUCUUAUAUUUUUUAGAAUAAAAAGUUUCGAAAUUUU